AAACAUCAUCAUAAAAGAAAGAGCAGAAGGCCAAAUAUUACAUUGAAACGAUAGAUAGAAGCCAACACAGAAAGUAUGGAACACACCUGGAAACAACUCGGAAGGACAUUACAUGACCGUGAUGAAAUAAAAAUUAUUGUAGGUGGCCUAUGUCUCAGGUAGGGUAAGAGGUAAAAGAAAUAAUGUAACACUCAAAUGUUAAUAUUUACAAAUAUCUUUUAUAUUAAUUUUUACAUGUUUUAAACGUUCAUUUCUUCAGUUAUUUUUUGUAAUGUAUGUCAUCAUGUGAAACUCUUUGAAUGAAGAUAAAUCAAAAUGAUUUCAUAUUUUAUUGUAUUUUUCCGUUGAAUUGAAGUUCUGUUUUCAGCAUUCUUAAAUUGUCAAACGAUAACCCUAAAUGACUACAAGCAAGAAGGCAGUACAUCAGAGUGCACACAUGGGCUUAUCAGUGAUGUGGACGUCGUUUUGUUCAAAUGUCUUAUUGAUUAUUCCCAAGAUACGGAACUGGAAUGGGUUAUUUUCCAAACAAAGAGAACCUCUACAAACAGAUUUAUGUUUGUAAGUUCUGAACAAAACACUUUCCUGAAUAUAUAUAUAUAUAUUAUUAUAUAUAUCUAAAUAAAACAUUUAUAGCUUAAAGCAAGUUGGUUUGUAAAUUAUGACUAAGCAUACAAUUCUCGAAUAAAACAUCGAUUUCUUAGACAACGUUUGUCAACUAUCAAGUAUACAAUUUAUUCUGAAUAGAAAAUACGCAAUAAGUUUUGUCAGAGAUAAAAAGUCUUCUGCAAAUGAUAUUUCUUACAAAGAUCCCAUUUUAAAGACUUUUAAAAAAAAAUGCAUAGUCCUUUAUAUUAAACAAAAAGUGUGCCUGACACGGUUAAACUCUUUCUACCAGCAUGGCACCAAACAAGUAAUUGUGAAAAGGCUACCGUUUUAAUAUUUUGUUUCUAAUUACCAACUUUUUAUAAUAUUAGCGUUCACAUAUAGUUUACUGACUUAAACAGUUCGCUUUAUAUCUUUAAAAUAGCAUGAUUUAAACCCUGUUGUAACUCGGUAAUCUAGAAGAGAAAUAAAUGAUGCAUCUAUAAACAAAAAAUAUUCAAUUAAAAAAAAAAACAAAUCAAAUACAUUUACUUUUUUUUUUUAUUUUUAGCUAGUUUUUAUAUCAAUAAGUCGAGAUCUUCCAAAAAUACUGUGAUCAAAAAUGUUAAGAUGUAUGUCUUUUAAUUAUAGAAAACAAAAAAAUUAAAUGAAAUCUACAAAAUCUUCACCAGUCAACAAGAUCGUUGGUACACAUAUUUGAUAAAAGAUAUAACUACAACAUCCCAAUGAUGCACAUUAACGGGACCUUCAGAACGGUCAAUGAUAGCGUACCCAGGAGAUAUUUGUACAAUGAUCUACACGAAUUUGUAGUAUCAACAAAAAAACAACAACAAAGAACUUCCGGAUUAAAUUGGUGACAGCUUCUAACUUUGAUUCAGAGAAGAAAUUUAAGAUUGUUUAGAUCUAAAUGAAGCAAACACGUACUACAUCGUAUUGCGAUAGGUAUAAACGUUAUAACUUCAAAUAUUUUAUUCCAAAAAAAUUACUACUUAAACAAACCCUAAAAAUAAAGUUUAUGACAUUAUUCCUUUAUCAAAUUUAUAUCAAGCAAUACAUGCAUGAAGGCAACGAACUUUAUAAAAAUCCAAGUUAUUGCUCCCCAACGGUCAUAGCAGCCGAUUCUUUUCACUCUCCUGAGUUGUCAGGAAUUUUUAUUUUGUCUUUCAAUUGAGAAACAUGCAAAACUAGAUUUGUGGUUGCGGGUUAGGGGGUUGAGGCAAAUACAACAUAAUGUGUCGUAAUUGGCAACGAGUCUAUGGGCUAAGUUUCUGCUCCGUGUGUUAACGGAAAGUUGGUCAAUUUUGUGUCCUUUCAUUUUCAAAAGAUUUAAAUUCAACAAAGCCUCAAAACAAAGUUGUCUGUACACUCUCAUUGCAAAAUGUGAUAUCGCCCAAUGAGUUUUGGGCUGGUAAUUUUACUCGACAUGAAAGAAUACAUUUAAAACUAUUUGUAUCGAUCCCAUUUAGUGUUCCCCAAAGCAUGUAAUAACACAAUCUUUUCAAGCAUUUACAUUAUUAAUUUUCAAAUGAAACACCUGCUUUUACACUGCAGAUCUAUCUAACAAUCUUUUAAUAAAAAAAUAAUUAAAAAAAACAAAAACAAACGAACUUGAAAUUUAAAAUCAAAAUGAAAUAUAUCAUUUAGCCUAGUUAUCGAUCCGGGAUUUUAUUAUAUCAUACCUUGAAAAAAAAAAAAAAAAGCAAAACUAUAUUGGUGAUAUAGGGCUGAAAAAUGUAAAGAGAAUCAUUAGCAAUGAGUGUAUGAGCUAAGUUUCAUCUCGAUGGGUUUAAGCGAAGAAAGUCAAUUAUCAAACCGACGAUCUUGCCAGUCCGCCUCCAUGGUGAUAUAAUUUAUUUUAAAAGCAUUAUCACCUCAAGGAAUACUAAGAAAACAAGGAACCGUUUAUUUUAACAAAGCUAAGGAUUAUCGAAUUUUCAGUUAUCUGUUUCUCUUGCAAAAAUGACUUAAUUUCAAAACAUUGGAAUUAGACGUGGUAUUGUCAUUCGUAGGUUGAAUUUUGGUAGAGGCAGCUAAAUUUCUGGUAAAAAUGUUUUUUAAAAUGAAAACGGUAGACAAAAUAAUAAAAUCUGAGACCUUUUACGAUUUUAUAAAUAUUAUCUCUUAACUAGAUGUAAUAAACAUUUAAAAAUGUAUUUGGAAAACAAAAAGGGGUUUACAACUGUAUUAGGAGAAAUCUACGAAUGGCACUAAAAACCAACCAAGGGCGCGUUAUUUAAACAAAGGAAGGUUGCCCUGGGUAUGACAGCACUAGAGGGUGGCAGGACAGGAUGUUUAACGACAGAAACCAAGGAGCAGAUGGCUCACAGGCCGACAAAUACACAAAAGUAUUGAUGAUGUAUGGACGUAUUUAUUUUAGCUAGGGUCCGAUUAUUAAGAAAACGUCAUGACUCAAUCUAAAUGGUAGGUUCUGGUCAAGCUUGUCAGAAAAUCCUCUAUGCUGUUGUGACAUUAAUGAAAAUUACUUUGAAUUUGUAUUACAACUCAAUAUUUAUGACUACAGAUAUACUGAACUUUUAGCUACAUGACAAUAUGCUGUAAAUGUUUAUAUUGAAGUUCGCACAUCUAUUUUCAAACAUACUUGCUUUCAAAUUAAAUAUAUUAAGGCAAUAAAAAGAGAUGAGAUAGCAUUAAAAUUGUAAAACAAAUUUCACUAUUAUUAAAAGAACAUACCUUUAUUUAAAAAAUAAUUAUUACAGCUUACUGACUGCAAUAUCAAAGAAGAUUGCAAGAACUCGGUACUUACAAAUGGCAGCCACGUCGACAGAUUUCUCAUAGAGAUAACAAUCACGUUAAAAGCAACAACAUCUUAUAGCUUGGCUAAAUUACGAGGCCUGAUUUAUACAACUGACGACAAGGAAGUAACAAGUAGUGAGAAGAUAUUUCCAUAAAUAUCAGGUAACAAGUAAUUUAUAUGAAUGGUCUAUAUUUCACUAUAGAAUUUGCUCACAUAUAUAAGAAGUAAAUAUAUAUGUUAACAAAUGAAACUAAUACAAUUACAGAUAUCUCCAAUGCACCUGGAGAGCUUAUGGUAAAUGACAUAGAAAUCACAACAUCAACAGAAUGCCAAAUGGUGAUAAAUAUACCAACAGUAAAUAUUGUAUUUCUUUGCGAAAGCGGUGUUUUGCCUUGUUUGAUAGAAAUUUCCACGAAUGAGUCUACUGAGAUAGUAAAAGGCAAAAGACGCAUUAUAUGGAACAAAGAACAUAUUUCUCAACGGGAAGUUAAUCUACAAAUUAAAUAUGAUGUCUGUAUGUUAAAAGAGCACUUUCCAACGGUCAGCUGUAAAUUGAUUAUAGAAAAGCCAAUGCUAAUUACAGUGGGUAAGUCAAAUAGACUCCAAAAUUAUAUUUUUCUUUUUUGUUACUUGAUUAUUUAAAUUAUAUUUUUUUUUCAUUAAGAUGGGUGAUAUACGGAUAUCAAAUGCACAACAACUAAUGACAUAGUCCUUAGAAGCUAGAGAAACCAGAAUAAGGCUUGAAUGAGAGUUAGAAGAGUUUAAAGUUAAAGCUAAAUUACAUCCUUAUCUUUCAGGGGGUUCAAUAUAAUUAUAAAAUUUAUUGAAGGUUUUUACUAAAAUAAAAGGAUUUGAAAAUUAUAUUUUUUUCAAAACACAUUAGAGCAUGAAGAACAAAAAUCUUUCUACCUUACAAUCAUAUGGAUACUUGCUACGGUAAAUGCUAUUCUGAUAACAUGCUGGUAAGUUCAUAUCUAGAAUCGUUCAAGAUCUUAAUUGUAUUCCAAAAAAGUUGUUUUUUAAUUAUAAUUUAACUUUAAAAAUCAAGAUAUAAUAUACGUUUAAAAAAGAAACACACACACAAACACACACACAUUAUUCGAAUAAAUUAAUACGAUUAUCAGUGAUCAGAAUUUCUGCCUUUAGAACAAUACAAAAUACGCACUCAUAUGUAUCGAACAAAACAAUUUACCUAUUAAUUAUUAAACCAGCAUAAAAUCAGCUUAAUACGUGCAAACGAAAAGUCAUCGUCAAUAAUAUACGGAAAUGAAUAAUUUUUGUUAAAAGAAUGCAUUAGUAGUCUAUGUUCUUAAGACUGAUUGCAUAAAUAUAUUUUUAAAAUAAAGCUAGCUGCAAUAAAAUGUUACCAGUCAUUAUACGAUUCCUAUCAAAAAGAGUACUGCUGAAGAUGUAUAAUGCAAUCAACAAACAUUUCCAUUUUUUUGGAUCAAUAAAGAAUGGUAUAUAAUUUAUCUUAUGUUAUCUUAAUAAAAACUAAAUUUUUCAAAAUAGUUAUAUUUAUAUUUAUUCCUAUACUUGUGCAGCAUAUUUGUUUGUUUUUAAUUGUAUGCAUUUUUUUCAUUGUUUUUAUGCACUAAGACCGAGUUUUUUCCUUAAAAAGCAAUACACAUUUUUAAAAUCAUGAACAAAUAAUAUAUAUAUGUAUAUUUUUUGUAGAAUGUAAGUUGUUUAUAGGAAACAUUUAGGCUAUUGCGCUUUAAUGCUUAACUAAUCGUUUUUUUUUAUUUUAGCUUAUUACUACUGUUAAAGGUAAAGCACAAGGUAAACGUCAUUAUAUACUGUUCUAGUAAUAUGCAUAUAUUUAAAUAUUUCAUGAAGAAGAAGGAACUUCUUCUAAGGUACCAGUGAUUAAUUUUGGACAGCGCUUGUCUAGUCUAAAAAUAUCUUGUGCUUAAAACAAUGGAAGAAUGACAGAAUAAAAUGCUUUAAAAAUAAUUAAACUUGUUAUACAUUUUUAAAGAUCUUCUAAAAAUGUUAUUUCCGAAAAUGUUUUGGACUUUUCUUAGCUGUUUCCAAAUGAUUUACCCUAAACGCUCAUUUCAACCUAAUUUUUUCAUGAUUAAGUUGACUCAUUUUUACUUUUAACCUCUAAACACUGUCUUAUUUGUAUGAUCUAAAAAUUACCAUUGUUUAUUUUUAUAUUGAUUAUAAAUAGGUUAAUUUUAUAAAUAGUACUGCUACUAAAACGGUUCAAAAUUUUUAUUUGGCAUACAAAUACUUUUUAUUUUUUUUAAAAAAAUGGUUAAAUGUUUGAAAAAAUAUAUUAUGAUAAUAUACUUUGAUUGAUGGAUAUAUUAUAUGUGUUACAAUCGUCAUUAAAGUGUUAUCAAUAUUUUAGAAAACAAAUUAAUGAACUGAUUUUAUAAACGUAAAUAUGAUCAAAUUGUAAUUAUAUUGUCAUUUUUUAUAACUUUUUACCUUUUAUUUUUAACCUUUAGCUGUGUCUGUCUUUCUUCGGCAAUAAAGCAUAUAUUAGAUUGCUAUUGCAUAAUAAAGAAACGAAUACUACUGCCACAGAUUCUGAACG